AUGGACUAUCAGAACAGAGUAGGCUCUAAAAAGGGCAGUGGUGGCAUUGCAGGCGAUGCAGAGACCAAUCAGUACCGCCGUGAGCGCUUGAGACAACUGAUGCUGUCUCAGAUCGAUCUUGACAACGACCCUUAUGUCUUCAAAAAUCACCUGGGCAUGCUGGAAUGUCGCCUUUGUCUGACAACACAUUUAUCAGAAAGCUCAUACUUAACACAUACGCAUGGCAAGAAACAUCAAUAUGCUCUUAUGAAAAGAGCAGAAAUGGACAAGAAACCUACUAAGCCUGAGCCAGGUAAAGUUGUUGGGAUAUCUGCGAUUCCUAAAAAGAGGUAUACAAAAAUUGGAAGACCGGCAUACAAAGUCAGCAAAAUCAGAGAUCCAGAGACGUUUCAAAAAGGACUCCUCUUUCAGAUACAGAUGCCGGCAAUAGCGCGAAACGUGAGACCUCGAUACCGUUUAAUGUCCUGUUUCGAGCAAAAGAUAGAACCACCAGACACAAAGUUCCAGCAUCUGGUUGUCAGUGGCGAACCGUACGAAAACAUUGGAUUCAAGAUUCCAAGCGACACAAUCGACAUGGCAGAAGGGCGAAUUUGGGAUUUCUGGGACGGCGAUACCAAAGAGUAUUUUGUCCAGCUGUUCUAUGUGGACCAGUAA